GUCAGAACAGAGGAAGCCAAGAAGGGGAUCAAGGAAACCUCUAGCAUCGCAGACAAACACCCCAGAAGACGAGUGAACCCAGCGGUCCCACGGCUGUGACUGUACCAAAAAGAACCGCAAACGGGUCCUUGACACAGCGAGGGUCAAGAUGUCUGAGACAUACGACUUCCUGUUCAAGUUCCUAGUGAUCGGCAGUGCCGGUGCGGGGAAAUCCUGCCUCCUCCACCAGUUCAUCGAGAACAAGUUCAAACAGGAUUCCAACCACACCAUCGGCGUGGAGUUUGGUUCCAGGGUGGUCAAUGUCGGCGGGAAGACGGUCAAACUGCAGAUCUGGGACACUGCCGGACAGGAGCGAUUCCGUUCUGUGACACGUAGCUACUACAGAGGAGCAGCUGGAGCCCUCUUGGUGUAUGACAUCACCAGCCGUGAAACUUACAAUGCGCUGACCAACUGGCUGACGGACGCACGGACACUAGCGAGCCCCAACAUCGUCAUCAUCCUGUGCGGAAAUAAGAAAGACCUGGACACGGAGAGAGAAGUGACGUUUCUGGAAGCCUCGCGGUUUGCUCAGGAGAAUGAACUAAUGUUUCUGGAGACGAGCGCUCUGACGGGCGAAAACGUCGAGGAGGGAUUCCUGAAAUGUGCUCGCACUAUCCUCAACAAGAUCGAUUCAGGGGAGUUGGACCCUGAGAGGAUGGGCUCAGGGAUCCAAUAUGGAGACGCCUCACUGAGGCAGCUGCGGCAGCCGAGAGGCACGACAACGCAAAACAAGCAGCAGUGUAACUGCUAGGGGUCGGACCCCGUCCUUACUUGAACCCGCUGGCCCAUACGGAGAGACCGUCCCCUGCAGCUCAUCUCCAGGUGUUUUUGGGUGUGUACGACUGCUGUCUCAUGCACUUUAGACCACCUGGAUCAAUGUUGGUAGGUUGGCCUCCGACCUCUGGUAAGACUCCUUACCUGAGUGGUUCAGGUUUUCAUCCCGCAUCUGGACAGCUUAACCCCCCUCCCUCUCAGUGCAAAGACGGUGCGAUCACGAAGAAGGCACGCCAUCAUCAGAUGCCAGAGGAGGACAAGUCCAGGGUUGUUUGUUUUGAGCUUCUCUCCUGUCGUUUUACGUCUUCGCUUUACCACGCUGGUUUUAAGCAACCCUAAGAUGUUUUCCUGCAUUUGCACUUCAUUGGCUGUAAAUGAUUGUGAAGCUCCUUCGAGCAUUUUCAUCACUCGGCCUUCGGCUGAUUAGUUAAUCGAAGCAAAUCGUAACCGAUGGUGACUCUGUGAUAAACGGUCUACAUGUGUACUCUUAAGAGGUCAUCUUCCUCCAUAGUUUGGCUUAAAGAUGUCGUAUUCAGGUUUCUAUCAGACGUAACGUCUGUGGUUUGUCAUCUUAUGAUAUUUCUCAUCUGAUCAGAGAAUUGAAGAGUCGUGGGGCUCAGGUGGCGCUCAGUCAGACCCAGAGUGUUCCAUCAUUGAGUGUUGCAGUGGAGAAUGCUUGGUUUUUUGUAUUGCAAAUGCACUGUAGUGAUGCAGAGCGAUGGCGUUUAGGUUAUGCUCCAUGCUUUACAUGCACAGUAUUGAGCAGAGUUUUGCAUCCUUUCAUCCACCACAUUGAUCCCGUUCUUUCCUUCUUCUUUUUUUGUCUGGAGUGAAUAUAUAUUAUACAGUUGCAAUGAGUUUUAGAAGCAAGAAUUGGGAGCACCAAUUUUUUUAUUUUUUUUGUAGUCAACACAGUGUCAAAAUGACAUAUAAACCCUCAAAUAUAGACAUAGAGUAAUAUUUGCAUCAAUUUCUCUUUGCUAGCUGUGGAGAAACUACACGUUUAGUCGCCAUAAAGACAAUAAUUCUGCCUGGACGUUUUUGCCAGUCUUAAAGUAGUUUUGGGACGGCUCACACCUUUGAGCAGAGUUGUCACAUUUUCAUUAGGGUUCAGAUCAGAGCCGUCGCAGAUUCCAGUAGCUUGAUGUCAGCCCGCUUUAGCAGCUCCAGAACCAGUUUUUAUCUGUCAAACACUCAAUUGUGUCCAAGUUUCAACCUAUUGUCGAUCUGAGACAAAGCUGAAGAAUUUGUAGCUAGUCAGCCAUCGUCUUUAUUGUACCCAUUUUAUGCAGCACCAGGAUAAACGGCAAUGAAACAAACAUCAGCAUGAUGCUGCCACCACCGUGCUUGAUAGCAUGUUCUGUGUUUUUAGGUUUUCAAGCCUCAGCAUCUCUCCUCUAAACAUGCUCCUCCUGCACAGUGAAAUCUUUGACUCUUCUCUCCUUGUGUUCACAUUUCUGUCAAGGUUAAAGGUCGUGACACUGGAGCAAGUGUUUGUUUCUUUGACACUGGUGUCCCAGCAUCUCUCUGAGCCUUUCAAGUUCCUGGGUUAUUCUUGACCAGACUAACAAAUUUCCUUUCAUUGAAGCUGAUAUUUUGGUUGAACCUAUUAAAAAUGUAUUCAACAAGCUGCUGGCCCAACAUCCAUUCAGAAUUACUGGAGAAGUUUCUUAAUGGCUAAAAAAAAAGUGUGGUUCCUCAAUACAUUAAUACAUAUAUAUAUAUAUAUAUAUGCACACAUGUAUUUACAAUUUUACAUCUUCACAUGUCGAAGCCAUUCAAACUGUAUGUUCUAUAAUAAUUUUAUACUCCAAAGAACACUUAAAACAACAAAUUUCAGCCCAAAUUAAAUAUCUUACCUAAGCUGUGUUUUACGCCGACGUUUCACUCUCCUCCACGUCAAAGUGCAACAAAGGAAAUGUGAUUUCCAAAGUUUCCGACAUGUAAAUAUUGAGCGAUAUUAAAAACUGAAGGCAGUAAGACCUCUCUGAUGUCUAGUCCUAAUUUACUGACAGAUUAGGAGUCAUUUGUCUUUUUUUUUACGUGGGGAAGUGAUGAUUCAGAAAUCUGUUUGCAGCCUCACAAGUAACUACUUAAGCACACAAACUAUAAAGACGUAUUGGGGUCAUUUGGAGCAAAACGAUGGUAGAUUAUUUCUUUUGUGUAUUUUUCUGAUUUUCCAUUUGAGAGUAAAGUUGAAACGUCGAGAAUAAAGUCAAAGGGGUUGGUAGAAGUGUCAAGUUUGAUUUGAAAGUAGUCAAAAUAUUGAAGAAAAAAACAAAACAUUUUGGUAAGAUUGGAAUGUCAGAGUUGGAAUGUGGAAACAUUUUUCAAGAAAAUGUGACAUGUUGAGAAAAGAUCUUUUAUCUUUUCAAAUUGUGGGAAAAAGUAAAACAUUUUCAUAAAGAGAAUGUCAAAAGAAAAUUGGAACUAUCAAAAAUUGAGGUGAAAUGGGUUUUUUUGGGGGGAGGAGGGAGAAUUUUCAAAGAAUAAAUCAGGAAAAUCCUGAGACUGUAAUUGUUAAACCAAACAAAGACCCACAACAGUUGUGAAAAAGAGCUGCUUUAAUGCAACACCGCAGUUCAGGAGCGGUCCGUUAUCCUUUCCACUCUGAAUUUUUCAAAAAUGAAAUCGGAUUUUGACCCUUUUUGAAAGCUUCAAACGUCUUCUUGAUACUAUGACUCAAUAUUUCAACUUUAAAGAAAAAAAAAUUUUGUUCUAGUUUGUUUUAGUGAGCCAACUCAGGUUAUCAAUUACUUUAGGAGGGCGGGGGGGAAUGGACCACCGGGGCAGACAUUCUGGUGAUGCUGGGGUGAAUCGGGUUCCACUUCAGCACCUUUCCAAACCCCUCCCCUCCCACCUUUCUGCUAAAGAGACAGGCACUGCUUGUGCAAAUCGCCCUGAAUUAUGAGGUUUUGUCCCUCCAGGCUCACAGUGGAUGUUUUAACCCGAGUGAUGGGGAAACUGGGGAGGACUUUCUGGGUUUUCAGGGUAUCGGGAGCAGUGAGAAUGUGUUGCUUUUGCAUUGUGCGAGUCAUUUCUGAAAGUGCACUUUUACUUUUACAAUUUUGUUUUCUGAAUAUGCUGUACCUAUAGAAAUGUAAAUGUUAUUUUACUUGAAAAAAAUAUACUUUAAUAAAGAUUUUAAUGUAGAUGUUAUCAGCUCUUAUUGAUGAAUUGCAACUGGGGUUCCUGGUUUUGGCCUCCUUGUGUCUGCCGUCACCCAUGCUGUGGUGGACCGAAAUGGUCGCGUUCGCUUUGUGAGAAAGCAGCUGAUUUGUUCUGUUUUAUACGCAUUUAUGAUUUGAAAUGUUUCAGUUCUGCUGACUCGCAGUGAGAGCGCAUUAAUAUGUGUGUACAGGUGUAAACGGCAGUCAUCAGAACCUCAGUCACUUGUCUGGACUUCAGCACUCGGGAAACACAAUCCUGACUCAGUUGUUUUGUAAAUGAUGUGAUAUAUAUAUACGGUUAUAUAUAUAUAUCAGCCCAGAUAUUACUGUACAUUUUAAUUAUAACCUAUGAUGUAAAUACGAA